AUGUGGUUUCUCCUAGUGGCGGUGGGCAGCCUGAGAGCGGGGCUGGCGUCGCCCUCGCCGUCUCCAGCGCCGAUCCCCUUAGGCGCGCAGUGCCUGGGCUCCGCCUGCUUCGGCUUAUUCGGGAUUUCCAGGAGUUUCGCCGAGGCGGGCGACGUGUGCGAGGCGGGCGGCGGGCACCUCAUGACGGUCCGCUCCACGGUGGCGGCGGAGGCCAUAGCGCUGCUGCUGCCGCGCGACGGCCCCGGUAGCGCGUGGCUAGGCUUGCGCCUACCCGCCCACCGUUGCGUCGAGCCGGCGAAACGCCUGCAGGGAUUUCAGUGGGUGACCGGCGACGAGCGGACGGACUUCGAGGCUUGGGAGAGGAACGGGUCCGGCGUAAAAGUGCCCACCUGCGGCCCCACGUGCGUGGUGGUGACUAGCCAACUAAGGUGGCGGGAGCGCGCCUGCGACGCCUCCGCCGAAGCCGUCCUCUGCGAGUACAACUAUCCGAACGGGACCUGCGGGCCCCUGCCGGCCGCCUUCGCGGUCACUUACCUCACGCCCUUCGGCGCCCGAGAGAGCGAUCUGGCGGCCUCUCCUCCGGGCACUACGGUGGAGGUGCCGGGUCUGGGGGCCGUCCUGGAGUGCCGCGCGCAGGGCAGCAACGGGUCUUUCGAGUGGGGUUCGGCCGCGCCCGGCGCCUGGGAUUGCCAGUUGCAAAAUGGGGGCUGUGACGAUCGGUGUCAUUUGGACGGGCAAGGGAGACCCCACUGCGCCUGCCUGGAAGGCAAGACGUUGCUGGAGGACCAGCGGAGCUGCUGGUCGCCGUGUGCCGCAUUAGGAUGCCAGCAGUAUUGUGAGCCUCAGGGUGACUCUGGAGUCUGUAUGUGCUUUGAGGGUUAUGAGCUGGAUUCCGACGGCAAGAGCUGCUUGGACGUUGAUGACUGCCAGGCCACACCAGGGCUUUGUGAACAGGAGUGCAUUAACACCCAGGGCGCGUUUGAGUGUCGCUGCUGGCAAGGCUACGAUCUGGUGAAGGGCAAAUGCCUCCCAGAGAAAUGGCCGUGCUUUGAUUUAACGUGUGAACACGACUGCAACCUUGUUGGCAGAGAGUACAAAUGCACAUGUUUUGAGGGAUAUAUUCCUGACUCCAAAAAUCCUCAUAAGUGUCUCCGAGUCUGUAACCAAACUGAAUGCGUUGCACAGUGUGACCCACACAAUGUAGACGAAUGCUAUUGCCCAGAACACUUUAUCUUGGAAGUGAAAUUGGAUGGUAUGAGAGUAUGCACAGACAUCAAUGAGUGCGAGUCUGGACUCUGUGGUUCCCUGAAGUGCAUAAAUGUUCCUGGCAGUUACAAAUGCAUCUGUCCCAAUGGACUUAUUCAAGAAGCGGACAGCUGUGGUGAGCAGCCAUCAGAAGAACCAGAGGAGUUUUCAGGUGAAACUGAAGCUUACCCCACAACAUCUGUACCUCCUUCUUUUGCCCCACCAAAGGAUGGCAGCAGCCGAGGGACAUUGGUUGCCAUCAUUGUUAGUGUCACCUUUACUGUUGUGAUGUUGGUAGUUAUUAUCUGCUACCUGGUGAAGAAACGCUUUGCUGCACAAAGCAUAUCUGACUACAAAUCUCAGCAGUCUGAAAGUGGUGUGGCACUGCAGCAUGUUAGUCCAACGUGUGCCUCUUCCGGACAGAAGAUGUAGGAAACAUUCAUUUUGCAAGAAGAAAAGAGUAAAUUUAAAAACUUCAAGGAAGUGUUUAUGAAUUUGGGGGCGGGGGAGUCCUGUGCAGAUGCUGUUUGAUUCAUAACUGCCUGCAUGAACUCUGCAGUAAUAUUUUCCUUUCAUUUCCUGAGAGUUAAUUGUCAUGCCGUGAGAGCAAUGUUAGUAUUUGACACUGACUUAUAAUGUGAAUCCCACGUGGGCAGAGAAAUGGAGUUUGGGCUGCAUUUAUGUAGGAUUUCAGUUCUACCACUUCUUUUCUCCAAAUGCAACAUGGUUAGUCUACUAUUUGUUGCACCAGACACGAUCCUGCCUGUGUUGAAGAUCAGGAUCAAAUGAAAUGGGAAGGAUAUUAAACUCCUAUAAGUAUUUUGUCUGGAAACUUCUACUGUUAAAAUACAUACUUCUUAUUCACAGCUUUCACCUUGUUAACAUUACUGGGCAACAAUUCUGUGUAUCAUUCUUGACAUACCCUCUGUAUAUGUUGGGAGUUAGCUAUCAGCUCUUGCCAAAUUAUCCAUUUAAUUUGCAUCACACUACAAUGCAGUCCCAUUCUCCCCCUCUCCCUUUUUUGUUACAGAUUGGGAGAAUUUACCUUUAUAUUAGACCUUUGGUUUGUAAUACAAACUUUGUGUAUUGUCAAAGUAGUUUACAGUACUUGCUGUUAUAAGCACAACUACUUUAUUGCAAUGUUGUUACUUUUUUCUUUGUGCGUCCGUGUGAAAUUUCCUUUAUCUUCAUCUCAUUUUCAGAUUGUUCUAUUUGACGGUGGAUUUCUUUAAUUGAAAAACAUGUGACACACCGGUUUGCACUUUGGACACUUUUGUUUAACUGGAUUAAAUUCCUUUCUUUCAUGUUUUGCUUUGUUUCUAAUACAAAAUGUCUACCAGUUUUAGUGGAAGCUCUAUCAUGCCUUUCAGAUUUUCAGUACUGUAUUGGAAAGAGUUGGAGAAUAACAUUUUAAUGCCUUCAUUUGAGAUUCUUUUUUAUUUUUAUUUAAGACAAUAAACAUGAUAAAAAGGACUUUAAACAUUGUAAAGUGAAUUGUAUUUAAUCAGCUGUAAAGCAAAAUCCAGCUAAAUGUGAGUCCUCUGCACUGAUUUCAAGUGCAAAGCGUAACCAAAGGCUAAAUGUAAUACCUGGUGAGUUUUAUCAUAACUGGAUUCUUUCAGAAUGGUGAUUUCACCAUUGCGAUAUCUUAUUGGGAGUUUGCAAAAAAUGUUACAGGCAUUUGUUGAAUACUAUAGCCACGACUUCCGAAAGGAUUUUUAUAAAUUCCAGUGUCACUCAACAAUAUAAAACUUAUUACUGUGUCACCAGCAGAGAAACAACUGGAUGAAAAUAUAAGGGGCUAGUGAGGAAAUUAUCAGUGUUGCUGUUAAUUGGUUAAUAUGGUUCCAAUGUGGUAUUUUUGACACUUUAAAAUGUGGCUGUUUUAAUAAAUGGGAGUGAAUGAGAUACUUUGUAAGUGAAUGUUUUAUGUAUGUACGUAUUUAUAGAAAAUAUGCUAUAAAGUUAUUUUUCCAUCUUAUGUACAUAAAAACUAUCUAUAAAAUUUGCAGCAUGAUCUCUUUCACAUACUAAAUACAUGUUGUGUUUCAAGCAUCUCCUUAUUUUGUCUGGAUUUCCAGAUUUUAUGGUAGAUUUCUUGAACAUCAAGGAUAAAUUUGCAAGUAUUAAAUAAAGCUAUA